UUUUUUUUUUUUCUGAAAACGUUUUUGUAUCAUGUUGAAAAACGCGCGCCUUUUGCUUGGCGUUUUCAUAUUGUCUGCCAGCCUCAUAACGGAUACACAAGCCACAGCAAAUAAUGAAACGAGCUUCCUGGAAUCAUCGCUCAGAUAUUUGGAUGAGCAGCUGCUGUACGAUAUCCUGCCGCGUGCCACAUGCCCUGGCCAGGAGCAGGAUGCGCCACUAGAUGAAUUUCCGGAUAUAUUUACAGUGGAGCAGCUGCGUCAGGGCUGGGUCGUGCUGCACGUAUUCGCCGCGAUCUAUUUCUUCAUAUUGCUGGCCAUCAUAUGCAAUGACUACUUUCUGCCCACCGUCGAGUGCAUCUGUGAGGAUCUGCAUCUGUCCAAGGAUGUGGCGGCAGCCACGUUUAUGGCCACGGCCACCUCGAUGCCCGAGUUCUUUACGAACACGAUAAGUACACUCAUUCUGGAGUCGGACAUGGGACUGGGCACCAUAAUUGGCUCGCUGAUGUUCAACACACUUGGCGUCGCCGGACUUGCCGCCCUGGCCAUCAACAAGCCAGUGCAGCUGGACUGGUGGCCCAUAGCCAGGGAUUGCUUCAUCUACAUCUUCAACACGAUCGUUUUGCUGGUGCUCGCCUGGGGCGGCAGCAUCAGCUUUGUGGAAUCGUGCGUCAUGAUGGGCUUCCUGGUGCUCUACUAUCUGAUCACAUUCAACAACAACAAGUUUAUGCCUGCCAUACGCGUCUUUAUCGAGGAUCGCAUGAACUGUUGCUUCUCCACGCGUUACGGUAAGUACACCCGACUCUACGAUUACCCGGGGAAUCAGUUGAGGAACAUUUGCAUCCUUCCAAUAGAUCUCACGGAACCACCUGAGAACAGUGCCAAGGCGCAGCUGCCGCUGAAAAAGGAUCCUCUGUCCGGCGACGGGCUGUUUGUGGUCAAUUUUCCGGAGAAUACCUCAUCCAUGUCGUCUACGGCCAAUUUGACGCACUCCAAGAAUUGGAACGGCGAGGAUGACGAUGACGAUCAGCUGCCGAGAAGCAUUUUCGCCUUUCCACACGGCGCCACAACCUUCAUGAAAUGCUGGUGGGUCUUUACGUUCCCGAUUAAGCUAGUUCUGCGCAUGGUGAUUCCACAUCCCAUGCGGCAUCGCAGAUUGUAUCCGUUGUCCUUUAUCAUGUGCAUCAUUUGCAUUGGCCUCAAUGCCUAUCUGAUUGUCUGGAUGUUGACGGCUUUCGGUGUGGCCAUACGUGUGCCCACUAUUGUGAUGGGUCUCACCUUUCUGGCCGCCGGCUCCACAAUGCCUGAGGCGGUUUCCAGCCUUAUAUCGCUGCGAAAUGGCGAGAAUGGCAUUGGCGUUUCGAAUUCGCUGGGCGCCAAUUCAUUGGCGAUCCUGUUGUCCCUGGGCGUGCCCUGGUUCGUAAAGAACUGCAUCAACUAUGGCACCGGCGAGAAACAGCAGGUGGGCACCCAGGGCAUCGAGUACAAUAUAUUGAUCCUGAUCUUCUGCACCAUCGCCCUAUUCAUCGUGCUCAGCUGCAGCGGAUAUCGUUUAACCAAGCGCGUGGGCAUUGCCCUGUUCAGCGUCUAUACGGUAUUUAUUGUGCUGCAGAUCCUGAUCGAGAUGAACGUGUUCUUUCCCAUGGACUGCAGCAGCUAAUAACCACAACACGAGCUCCAGUUCCAGUUCGAGUUCCAAUUCCAGUUCGAUAUUCGGUAUUCGUGUUAAAGUUGUAUGCCAUCGAGCUUCUGGCUGGCACCAGAGCAGCACGCUGCCAGACGUGGAUUCGGUUAAGCUUUUCCGUUCUAAUUGUUAAAUAUUUAUGUGUACAUGCGAGAUCUUGGAGUUGCGUUAGUUUUAAUAUGUAUAUACAUAUCGCGAUAAUGGGGCUUAUGACAUUGGUUGCCAAAAAUGUUGGGUAUUGCUCUCAGUGCGAGUUUAUAUGAUGAACCAAAUACUAAUUCAGGCUAUCAAAUUUGGCUUAAAUGUCAAGCAAACGUAUUAUUUUAGGGUUGCCACCUAAGAGAAAACGAACAACGACGACGGAGAUUUACACAAAAACUUACUCUACUUCAACCUAACCUAAAAUAUCAAGCUCAAUUAAUGUCAUACGUUCUUAUUAUACAAUUACUUUUUUGUUUUUUUUUUUUGCUUGUCUA